AUGGCCGGUAACGGGAGCCCAGUGCCGAGCCUGGAAGAUACGCUCUCCUCCUGCCCCGUGUGCCUGGAAUAUUUCAUAGAUGCCAGCUGCGGGCACAACAUCUGCCCGCGGGCCUGCAACUCAGACCCCCUGGAGGAGCCGGAGUGGAGCCCUUCCUGUCCUAGAUGCCAGAAGCCCGUCCUGCAUGUUUCAUGUGCCACAUACUGGGAUAUGUCACAAGAGCGGCUGGCCUGUCUGAUAAAAGAGAGAGAAGAAACCAAAGCUGAUGAGGAGAUGCAAAGUGAGAAGCUGCUGAAACAGACGGAAGCCGAGAAACAGAGGAUCCUCUGCGAAUGGAAGGAUCUAUGUGGGUUUCUGGAGAAGCAGGAGCAGCUGCUGCUGUCCCAGCUGGAAAAGCUGGACAGAGCCAUUGUCAAGAGAAGGGACGAGAGCAUCUCUGAGCUGUCCCAGGAGAUUUCUCUGCUCAGUGAACUGUUCAAUCAGAGGGGAGGAGAGAACAGGCAGGAGCCACUGAGCCAAUCCGUACAGGGUGUGGGCAGCUCUGAGAGCAGGGAGGACAGAACGCUGCAGAAGCCAGAGUCUGGGUUUGUGAAGCUGGAGAAGAGACUUGAGGAUUUCUCUCAGAGAAGUGCCAUCCUGCUGGAGCUGCUGCAGGGAUUCAAAGAGACUAUGCAACUGGAGCUGGACAGCGACAUAGGUUUUCUAAUUCCAAAACCUGACAUGAUUGCCCGGGUGGAAUGGGGCAAAGAACCCUGGGUACCAGAUCUCCAAUGCUCCAAGGAAAGAGAGAUCCUGAGAAACAUCUGCACAGGUGAUGAGACGGUGAGUGGGAAUGAUGAGGAGAAUCCACAGCAGGAAGGUCCCAAGCGAGUGAAACCUCAUGGGACGGUAUCAGGAAUAUCCAAAGUGAAUGUUUCCCAGAGUCCUGAUCUGGAAGAAGCCCAUGAGAGUUGGCGCAGGUCAGAAAGGCAGCAGGAAAACUGCCAAGGGAAGAUGCAGGGUAAAUCCACUCCCCAAGGGGAAGGCUUGGAGGAUCUCAAUGAAACAGUGAUCCAGCUGAGAAUCGGCACUAAAAAGAAACAGCAUGAAUGUGUUGAGUGCGGGAAAAAGUUCAAUCACAAAUCAAACCUUACUAGACAUCUGAAACUGCACACAGGAGAGAAACCAUUUAUGUGCAGUGACUGUGGGAAAACCUUCACUCGGAGGUCACACCUCAUUUCGCACCAGACAACGCACUCGGGUCAGAAACCUUAUCCCUGCUGUGAGUGCGGGGACAGGUUCACGCGGUGCUCAAACCUUAUUUCACAUCAGAGAAUCCACUUGGGAGAGAGACCCUAUAAAUGCCCCGACUGUGGGAAAAGCUUCAGUUCAAAAUCAAACCGCACUGUUCAUCAGAGAAUCCACACCGGAGUAAAACCUUAUAACUGUGCUGAUUGUGGGGAAAGUUUCAUUCAGAGCUCACACCUGGUUGUUCAUCAGAGAACACACACGGGAGAGAGACCCUAUACAUGUCCCGAUUGUGGGAAAAGCUACAAAGCGAAGGUUGCUCUAAUUUCCCAUCAAAAAGUCCACAGAAGAUGGGAACCCUAUAGAUGUCCCGACUGCGGGAAAGGCUUCAUCUCCAACUCAAGCCUCAUUAGCCAUAGGAGAAUGCACACAGGGGAGAGACCCUAUAAAUGCCCUGACUGUGAGAAAGCCUUCAUUGCGAACAAGUCCCUCAAUAAGCAUCGCAAAAUCCACAGCAGGGAGAGAGCCUACCAAUGCCCUGACAGCUGUGGGAAAAGCUACACUGUUCAUUCAGCCCUUGUCGUCCAUCAGAGAACCCACAUGGGACAUGAAGCUCAUGUAUGCCCCAACUGCGGAAGAAGCUUCAGAGACAGCAGGACCCUCAUUAGACAUCAGAGAAUCCAUACGGGAGAGAAACCUUAUAAAUGCUUUGAGUGUGGGAAGUGCUUCCGGGCCAGCUCAACUCUCACUAUCCAUCAGAGACUCCACACAGGAGAGAAACCUUAUGAAUGCCCCGAGUGUGGGAAAAGCUUCAGAUCAAGCACGGGCCUCACGAAACACCGGAGAACACACGCGCGAGAGAAAUUGUCCAUGGGACCUCAAUCAGGUUGGGCAAAAUGA